CCCAAUCGCCAUGAAGCUUCUGCUAGCAACACUAAUUUUUGGCACUUUUGCUACCGUUUUUGUGCACUCGGCCGCCCACGUUACCCAGGUGGAUUUGGCGUGCAUUGCUGAUGCGCGUAGAUGCACCUCGCGUUUCUCCGGCUACAAACACGUCGCGAGCAACAUAGCGGACAUCACGAGUCACCUGCUGGAUCAGUCGUUCGACUUCCUGAUCCUGUCGAUGGCCUUCAAACAACAUGACCGAAACCGACCCGGAUUCGAGCGGCUGUAUCGGAAAAUCUCCGACCAGGCAUGGUCGGACGCGUUGGACACGAUGCAGUACCAGAGCAAACGAGGUUUCCCGGCGACCCUGAGUGGUGGGUACAAGUACGCCACCAGUGAUCUGCGUUCCGUGGCGGAUCCAUCGAACGCCACCGAGCAUGGAUCACUCCAGCUGGCGAUGGAAUACGAAAAGUUGGUGACGAGCGUGGCGCACUCGAUUCACCGGAAGAUGUCCGGGACCCAUCAGCAGGCCUACCAAUACGAUGCGGAUGUGGCACACUUUCUGGACGAGAAGCUGAUCAGCGGGAGGAGCGAUACGGUACGGAAACUGACCGGUCAUAUCCACAUCCUGGAGGGAAUCUUGAAUGCGGAGUCGGAUGAAUUUUCGCGAGAUAUGGGGCUGCAAAUGUUCGAUCAGUACCUGAAGACGGUCGAGUGAUUCAUCGCGUUGGGUGCAUACGUGAUGCUGUUGGACGCCUAUCGACCAUACUGCCUCACGUACGAAUUAUCUUCGAAACAAGAAUAGAAAAUUAUCAAUACGAAUUAGAAGAUUAUCAUCGCGGAUUAGACAAGUGGCGUUCAGUGAAGUGUGUAGUAUUAGAUUCUAAUGAGCCAAAUGAGGUGACAAUCGUACGCAGUAAACAUAGCUCCGAUAAGCUGUAUCUUCGUUCCAAAUGCUGUAUUUUUGACCAAAAAUUGUCCGGCAGACGUUUUUGGAAGAAAAUGCGAUGAAUCAAAAAUACUUCUGCAAAUAAAAUGGCACAGUUCACCAAUAAAGCAAUCAUACAGAAUACAAGUAAAGACUCUAUUCGCAAACAAGGCAUAUAAAUAGCAUACAAAUGAGCGCAACAAAAACGAGAAACAGCAUACUUCCGAAUAUAACAAUAGCAAUAAAUAAGAUGAUAUAUUUAC